GCGCGAUGGCGUUAUAAUCAUUUGCUGUAAAAAACAUAAGACAUGAUGUAGACUGAAUCAUGUGAAUCGCAUAUACUUCACCAAUACUUAUAAAAAUUGAGAGUUAAACCGGCCCUGAAUUCAUUUCUUUACUCUUCAUUAGAUUCUAAAUUUGCUUAAGCUUAGUCAGCGCCAGCUAGUACUAGGGAAUGCAACAAAUAAGGUUGUGGUUUUAGUAUUCGGGAGUCCUCAUCAUCAGUGAUCACACAGACUGUGUUAGUGCAGUGAGUCAACAUGCCUCCAAAGUUUGACCGACGGUUUCGAGAAUCGGACUAUGGACGGUCACAAGACCACGAAAAGGAAAAUCUCCUUGGGGAAUACCAUGAUGAUGUCAGUGACGAGGAAGAUUUCUUCGGUGGCAAAGUUCCAUCUUCAAGUUCAAGGAGGGUCAUGCAACCGGACCCCAAAGUGCAACACGUACAGAGGCAAGUGAAUGAGGUGGUUGAAAUCAUGCAUGACAACAUCGGCAAGGUGCUGGACAGAGGAGAGAGACUGGACGAUUUGCAAGAAAAAUCUGAUGAUCUGGCCUAUAGUGCCAGCAUGUUCCGGGUCAGCGCCAAAGGUCUGCGAUCCCACUUCUGGUGGCAGGAAUGCAAGAUGAGACUUCUGUUACUGAUUGUGGUCGUAGUGAUUCUUCUAAUUAUAUUCAUUCCAAUAAUUGUGAAAAGUACAAGGCAGAAUUGAUGCGGUGGUAAGGGGAGACACCGAGCAGCAUUCAUCCAAGAACUUUGGAUCCGGGGAAGUCAAUGGUGCUUGUCUUGUCGAUCUUCAAGGGCUUCUUGACUGUGGCAACAUUGCCAGUUGUUCAGAAUGAACACAUAAAUUGAUUAUUAAACCCUGAAGGAUGCCCUCCUAAACUUUAAUCUGCGUUUCUGUGGAUGGUUUGACAUCUGCUGUUUCAUGAAAGUCAUAAACUGCAGCUGGUGGUUCGAAAAUCCUGGGAAGUUUUCAUAUACAUGUACAGUGUUGGAGAUUUUGCCAAAAGGGUAGAGGUUGCUUGUAAUGCAAAAUGUUGCCAGUUGCAAAGAACGUCAGACUUCCCGUGAAAUCCAGCUCAAUGUUGAUGUUUCCCAACUGCGUAUUGGUGCAGGAUGCACACUUUCUACCCAGGAGAACAAUUAUUUCAUACCAUUAUGGUGACAAAAAUGAAAUUCCUAUCUAAAAGAGCGUCAGAACUUUUGAGAGUUCAGCCAACCCACUCAACCGAUACCCAGCAAACUGUCACCAUGGUCAGCAGGUAGCAUUCGGUAUAGCUUCAAUUCUCCUGGUCUUACGAAAUGUCAUCUUCAGACCAUUUGCAGUUGCUUCUCGAUCAUCACAACGUUGCCUAGCAGGGUUCUGUUCCUCUAGUUAUCUUCUGUUCUGUCUCGUUUACCAACCCUGAUAUCCUGAAUUUUCUCUGUGCUUUUUUUGUCAUCCAGUCCUUGAUGAUUCCUUUGCGCUUGUCUUAUUUCAUAAGAGGUGAAGGGAAGGUAAAACUAAUGUUAUAAAUAAUUUAUAUUGUAAAUACACAGGAUUUAUCACAACAAAGUUAUUUUCCACGCUUUGCUUCUUCACUAGUGAAAACGCUGUGAUAAAAUUCUUUUUCAAAUCAAAACUUAUUAAUAGAAUUUUGUCAAAUUGGAGUGUAUAUUUUGUUGAAAGUGAUUACAGAAUUGAUGUUCUGUUAAUGGCACAAAUUACAAUUGUUCUCUUACAUGCUUGCUUCGUAUUUUUUAAUUGGGAUCUUCGGGCAGUUCUGAAAUACCGUAAAGAGUACUGUUUAGUUAACUUAAACUUAGUUUUAUCGUAACAAUUGUUUUGCUGAAUUGGAUGGCUGUUCCUGCAUUUUUUUUUUCAAUUGCAAUUUUGGGAAAGCAGCGAUAGCAUUAGAGGAGGUGAACACAUUCCCAGCUGUUGACCUUUCCUUAUUGACUUUUAGAGGCCAUAUUUUAUAAUUUGCUUGUACUUAAAUCACCUUGCACAAAGUGAAAUAACUUGUAAACUCAUGUGUUUCUGGGUCAUUCAUAUUUCAAAUUGUCAGAGGUGAUCAUUUUAAGUAUUACUUUGAAAUUUUUUUGUAUUAAUGCCGAAGUAUAAAUAAAACGUGGUUCAACCACACAGUGUGGAAGUUU